UGUUCCAAAAUCCCUGCUCCAGUGCUCCUUCCUCCGGAAGCUUCCUCCUUCCUCUUCACGGGACGAGUGCGAGAGGUGGCCUCGCUGGGGACGAGGCGAGCCAUGGAGGCGCCCUUCAUCUAUCGCCCCCGCACCGGCAACGACUCCACUGAGGACAAGCUCAUCAAGGCUGCCUUGGAGGGCGACCUCGGCCGGAUCAAAGGCAUUGUAGCGAGUCUUGGCAAAAGAAACGGUGACCAGGCUGCAGUUUUCUCUUUUGAAAAGGCUGGCGUCGGGGUGCUGCAUUGCGCAGCGUGUGCGGGCCAUCUGGAGGUCUGCAAGUACUUGGUGGAGGAACUUGGGGGGAAUGCAAAUAUGACUGCAGCUGGAGGUGUGACACCAUUUAUGACCGCUGCUCAGUCUGGUGAUGUUUCUACUGUGAAGUAUCUUCUUGAUCGUGGUGGUGAUCUAAUGAAAGCAGAUGAUAAAGGACGCACUGUUCUACACCAUGCUGCAUGCAGUGGAAGUACUAAGGUAACAGAGUUCCUGCUUUCAAAAGGAAUCCCUGUCGACACAGACUAUGGCCAUGGGACAGCACUCCAUCAGGCUGCUAACAAUGAGCAGGAUAAGACUGUGAAGAUUUUAUUGGAUCACCACGCAGACCCAAACAGCACCACCUUUAAUGGUGCCCACACUCCACUGAUGGGUGCUCUUAUUUACCAUUCAUUGAAAUGCAUGAAGCUACUAAUUAAGGCAAGUAUUUUUCUUGAAUUAUUGACUCAUUUUGUUAAACUUCUGCUAGAUGCUACUUUGCUUACUCAUUUGUGCCAUUUUUCUAAAAAGGGAAUUGUAUGAACCUUUUCACAGGCUGGUGCUGAUGUCAAUGGCAAAGGCUCUUUGAUAUCUCCUCUAGUAAUUGCUACGAUGCGGGGAGGUUAUACGAAUGAAGUUCGGUUACUGUUAAAGGCUGGAGCAGACCCUAAUAUUCCAGAUGAUUUGGGUAGAUUGCCAGUGGAGCUUGCUGCAUUAAAUGAUUGCAUGGAAGAAGUUGAAAUGCUCUUUCCCUUGACUUCACCAAUUCCAGGUGUUCCAAACUGGAGUGUUGAUGGAGUAAUCUCUCAUGCAAAAUUGGAACAUAAAAAGCCAUUGGAGGAACGUCACAUUGCAAGAAGAAAAGCUAUGUUCAAGUCACAGGCAAGUAAGGCAUUCAAGCUGAAGGAUUAUGACUUGGCAUCAAAAUGUUAUGGUUUGGCUAUAGAUCAUGCACCAGAUGCAACGCUAUAUUCAAACAGGAGCCUCUGUCGACUGCAAAUGGGUGAUGGCGAAGGUGCCCUGUCAGAUGCUUACAAGUGCAGGAUGAUGCGACCUGACUGGGCCAAAGGUUGCUAUCGUCUGGCUGCAGCUCACAUGCUACUAGGGGAGCACAAGCAAGCCUAUGACGCUCUUCUGGAUGCGCAGAAGUUGGAUCCUGGAAACGAAGAGAUUGAGAGAGAACUACGGAAGGCUAUGGAACUAAUGAAGGCCUCACCCGAUGAAGAUGAGCUGUGAAGCGUGGCCGUCUGACUAUGAGCAGCAUGUGGGGGUCACAGAAGGGAGUGAUCAAUUCCAAGUGAUUAUGUUUAGUUAGGGGAAAAAGGAAUGCCAAAUGUCUAACGAAUUGUAAGGAGAAGCACGCGAGAAUGUGUUCUGCACACUGCAACUGAAUUAGUCUGGAAAGUUGGGAGGGCGCUCUGCGUCAAGACAUGGUAGAAAUUGCUGGUGAACCCUACGUACUUGCAGCUGCAAAUACUAAAUUACUAAACGCGUGGUGUGAAAUUGCCUGUUCAACCGGCGCACGGUAUUGCUGCUCGGUGGCUGUAUGAUUUUAUCGAGUUGACUUUUACAAUCUCGCGGUACAAAGGUG